AUGGAGCGUUUAACUGACGAAGAACUUAAUUGCGACAACGCACAGGUGCCAUCGUCCGGAAGGGGCGGAUUAGGCAAUAUUCGCGCGAAAAAUAAAGCCAAGAACGCGUCCUCACUCACAAUAAGCCCGUCGUCCAAGUCACGAACGUCUUCAUCGACCUCAGGUUCAGGUCCAACAUCUCCGUCGCCUUUCAGAAUUCGGUCAAACUCGACGCGCUCAGUUAUGUCAAGUGCGGCUUCUGUGAUAUCAAACUCUAAUUCAUUAUCUGCGUCUCUUUCAUCGGGAUCUCCAGACGAAGAUCGAGUAGAGGUGCAAGGGCGCACAUCACUUUUCUCAUUUCGUUCACGUUCGUCUGAAAUCAAUAUUGCUGGGCCGAGUGCGGCCUCCAGCUCUACGUCGGGACCCAGUGAUUUGCAUCACUCCGGCAAUUCAUAUGAACCGAGCUCUCCUACCUUCGGCACAUUCGCAACACCGUUAUCCUCUCCAUCGUCCUCGGGGAGGACGACGUCGGCAGGUUCAACAAGCGCGAGUGCUGAUUAUGCAAUACAUUUACAAACCGAUGCUCGGCAACGUGCACUUGAAAAGAGACUUGUACGCGAGAGGGCGAAGGAAGCGCGACUUAUGGCUGGCAAUGGACCUGCUGUCCCAAAUGGUUUAAACGGUCCGGCUGAUUCCGGAGCUGAAGGUGCGAUUGUUAGAGAUGCGAUUGAGGACAGUGUUCUUCGCGUUCGGACUGGUCGAGGAGGUGCGGCCGUGUUUAAAAAAGUUGGAAGCGGUAUCAAUCCUGCCCUGUAUCCCCGUGCAGCCGACAUAACUCGCGAAUAUGAAGAACGUUCGGCAGCUCAGGAGCGAAAUCUUCUAGCUGAGUCACGUGCACGUGCCGCGAAACAAGGAAGUACUGGACGUGGUGGGGCAGGGAACAUUGCGGGCCCUUCUUCUGGGGUUAAAGGAGAAGCGAAGAAAGGGAAGAAGGAUAAGAAGGGAAAAGGGAAAGCGAGAGCUGAUAUUGGCGAUGGAGGAGGGGACGAAGGACCUCAAGGAGAGAACGUCACAACGCAAGACAUUGGUGACGUAGAUGAUGAAGCAACCCUUGCAGAAAAGCCUAAGGAUCGGAAGAAAAAACAUGGGCUGCAGAAACUCUGGAAGCGAGUGGUGCGAGCAAACACUGAAUCGAAUGCUGGUACAUUGCAUCCGGAAGAAUUAGAUGAUAGGACGCCUCGUCCAUCGUUUGGUGACGGAGUCCUUGAGAUUGGCCGACUAGCAUCUCCAUCUGCUUCUCUUUCUUCGACACUCCAGUCUCCUCCUUCAGUUGCUUCCACUUCCUCUUCGCGUACGCAGGGACCUUUAAAAUUACGUAAGCACGAAAAUGCAAACGGAAAGGAGAGGCAGGAGGGAGCUGCUCUUCUUGCAUUCGUGAAUGCAGCUAUACCUGGGACGCGAAACAACGUACUCGGUGUGCCUGGGACACCUGGAUUUCCUCUUCCUAGCGAAUGCGAAGAGACUGUCUCGAGCGCUGUCUAUAAGUAUGGUCCUGAUUAUCGAUCCAGCGGUACAUCGUCUUUGACUACGCAUGCGAAUGGAAGCAUUAAUAGUAACGCUACUGCUUCGCGCGAAGGCUUUACCAUGAAGCCAAUUGCAGAGGCGCGCGAAGAUGAAGAUUGGGUUGACGACGAAACAUUGCAAGAACCUUCAGAGGUCUCGGAUGAGGAAGAAGAGGAUGAAGACUCGGACAUUGACCCUCAUCUACUAAGCGCACUCAAAAAAGCACAAUCACAGUCGUACAAGUACAAGACAACGAGACCGGAUAGCCUGGAUGCAGUUAUCCGGGUUGCCCUUGAUAAAUUAGAUUUAGAGGAACAUGACACAGCUGGUGCAUUUGGAUUCGAUCCCAACUUCGACUCCGGGGUCCGAGGUCGAACACCAGCUCACGGCCAAGAUCACUUCCUGUCGUCUCGUGCUCCACCCUCAUCUUUCAAGCAGCCCGUCCAAGCCCAUAGGAGUCCACAGGAUUCUCCUCCAACAGCCUUCUCACAACCACCGCGUUAUACCCGCGCAAGCGUUCCGGCCGUCCGAACUCGAGUGAACGGCGCCAUCGGAACCGGCAAUGCUGUAAAAUCUAGAUCCUCCGUCCCCGACGCCGGGCCGCCUCCCACGAGGCCCGUUCCGAGCUUGCCUGAGUAGGUGCCGUGUAACAUCGGAGAUUGUCGAUACGUACGGCCAUCGCUACGCUGACACUAACGUGAUGUACGUUCUGAGUCUACUCACCAAGCUUAACCGCCGGGAGUGGCUAGAACGAAGGAUCUUCACGGAGUACCGGCUAUGUCUUCGCGGUUCCCAUUUCUUUCCCACCAUCUCAUUGUCUCUUUGAGUUCUUCGUGCCUACAGAUCCCGGCAUUUCUCCUCGCUCCUAUUCCUUAUUCUCGAUCUCUGGGUUUCUCCCUUCUCGUGCUUGUCGCUCUCACACCUUACAUUCGGCACGCGUUCUAUCAGUGGUCCGUCGCAGGUUUUGUCUGCCCCUCAUGUGGACCGCUCUCUCCUUCCACUUCGUUUCUUUUCGACCUCUCAUAAUGAUUAUUAGACUUCAUACUUGGCCCAUGUGUAGUCUCUCGUUUUGUAGACUUCCCGCAUUGUCAUGCCGCUCGUUCACAUUUCCUUCUGUGUCUUUUCAAGGUUUCACACCGUCCUUGACUUCUAAGGUUUCCUUUCGCUUUGGCCCAUAUCCUUCACCCCUCUCUCUGCGUUCGUUUAUUUGUUGCUAUC